AUGUCAUUAGUAAGGCUUAUUGGUAAGAAAGAAUUUGUGGGAUACAAUCCCCUCCGAAUUUUGGUACAAAAAAACCGUUGUUUCAAUGGAUUACGUUUCUAUUCUUCAGAUGUUGAGCAAAGAUAUAAAGAUAAAUUACUUAAUAAUGCAAAGAGACUCGGUUUCAAUUCUGUAGAUGAGUUGAAAGAUCAUUUGAAGGGCACUAUCGAGGAGAAAAAAAAACAGCUGAACAAGAUUGAUCCCUUAAAAGAACUUGAAGAAUAUGAGGCAUCCCAAGGGAAUGAUACUAGAAACAUGACUAAACCACAACCGGCAAUUGACCCUAGUUUGAAACAAACACCUUACAAGACACUAGAUUCAUAUUUAAAUUUAGAUAAAAUUAAAAAUUUAUCUGAGCAAGAAAUUGAGUUUUUAUGGAGAGCUAAAUGGGGGUCUAACGAAAACGUUAUGUCUGCCGUAGUUGGCACAGAAAUAUAUAACAGAAUGUACAAAAACAUUAGGGCCAAUCCUAUCUUUGUGCUACCUUUACCCAGACAGCUUGAUUCAGAAACCGAUGCGACAAACACCAAGAAAGAAGGAAUGGAACUUCAUUAUAUCCAAUGGCAAUUUGUAGGACCUACUACUGUUCAUUGUAUAUUGACCUCAUUAGAAGAGUUUAAAUUACACAAUCAAUAUGCUAGACCUCAUACAACAUUGGAAUUUUUCACAGACCUGUCAAAUGAUAAAGGCAUCAUCUUAAUGAAGGGUACGAUUGAACCAAACUCAAACAUCAAACCACAUGAUGCUCAAUUAUUAUUAUUAAAUAUUCAAAGAUUCUAUGGGGCUCUCGGAGAAGAUACUGAUAUCGCAAAGAAAAGAAUUAAGUUACUAAACGGAUUUACUAAAGGUUCUGUAGACUUUAGCGUUGAUUCCCUGAUCGAAUUAGCUCAAUCUUUGGAAAAUUGA